AAUUUUCAACACGCGACGUAAAUAAAACCAAUACAAAAAGUAGAAGUAGUGACGCUUUGAUUGUUGUGUAUGUAAGCUUCAUCUUUAAUUGAAUGAAAGUCAUAUCAGAUACAUAUGUAUCAUGAACAGAGUCUAUCAGGUUUACAAGGAUUGAAUUAACUUUAUUGGCUGUUUGAGUGUAUUUAAUAGGAUUCUUUUUUUCCUAGUUGGUAUGCACUUAUUACAGUAAGGAAAUUAAAAAAAUAUACUAUGCUUGGGGCUCAAACGUUUCAAGGAAAUCGUCGCAAUGUUACACGAAAACGUCCUGAACUUACUCAAGAUCAGCUAGAAGAAUUACGAGAAGUUUUUACAUUAUUUGAUGUUAGUCAAACCAAUUGCAUUGAUGCAAGAGAGUUUAAGGCAGCUUUACGUGCUUUAGGAUUUGAUGUCAAAAAAGAACACGUAGUAAAUAUUAUGGCAGAAGCUGGUAAGGAUAUAUCAGAAACAAUAUCCUUUGAAGAAUUUUGUAGUAUGAUGGUUGGAAGGAUGCCAGAUAAAUCUUCAAAGCAAGAAAUUCAUAAAUUAUUUCGAUUAUUUGAUGAAGACGGAACAGGAAAAAUUUAUUUUCGUAAUUUAAAAAAGAUUGCCCAUGAAGUAGGUGAAAAUUUAACUGAUGAUGAAAUACAAGAAAUGAUUGACGAAGCAGAUCGGGAUGGUGAUGGGGCUGUGAGUUUCGAGGAAUUUUUCCGUGUAAUGCGUUAUCGAGAUCAUCCUUUAGAUGAUUCGGAUGAAGAGGAAAAUAACGAUGAAUGAUUUUAUUUUGGUAUUUUCUCAUUUUUAUGACGGACAGAUAACAAAAUCGAGUUAAUACACCCUUUUUUCCGUAACAGUAUUUCAUUCUAUUCGUGCUGGCAUUUCUUGAAAUAACUAUCGAAAAACUUGUUGUAAUUAUAUCCUAAGAAACUCACCAUUUUAUUGUAACAUGGUUCACUAAUCACCCGUUUCACUCCUUGAAAAAAACUUGUUUACAACAAUAAAAACAUUUUGCAUAUUAAAAAAAGGUUCCGUUUUGCUUCAGUGGAGAAUACAAAACUGCUAACAUCACAUGCUUCAAUUCAUUUUAAUCUAAAGUGUAUAGAUGGAAUUCAAUCUAAACCAUCAUUUUCAUUAGUGUCCUUAUCAUUCGUAACGUAUUUUUGGAAUAAAAAAAUAAGAGUUUUUAAAAUAAUCUUGAUUUGUGUAGCAUGUCAUUUUUCUUUGCCAUCCCAUUUUAUUUAAUUGAUUGACAUCUACUAAAACCCUUAGUGAACUGUUUUGAAUGCUAAAAUAAAACAUGUGAAACUAACAAUAAAAGAUGGGAUUACGUUUACAUCUGAUUCCACGUUUUGUUA